AUGUGGAAGUUGGUAUUCAGCCUUCUAGUGGUUAUUGGCAUUCUGGAGCAAGGUAAGCCCUGGGUGUACUGCAAUUAAUCAGUUGGUAAAAUAUUUUCAACAGAAGUCGACUGCAAUUACUUCAUCUUCUACGACCGCUUCAGUGACUUCGGCGAAGAUGACAGAUACUGGAGUCAAUCAGGAGAAGCCCAGCGGCGACGUCGGCGUCGAGAGUCAGGAGAAUUCUGGCAAUGAACAAGGCGUUAAACCUGACGGUAAACCGGAUAACGGUGGUCCGAACAAUGAAGGCGACACCGAGGGUGUUAAACCUGACGGUAAACCGGAUAACGGUGGUCCGAACAAUGAAGGCGACACCGGGGGUGUUAAACCUGACGGUAAACCGGAUAACGGUGGUCAGAAUGGCCAAAACGCCGGGCCCGGCAAUGGCGUUCAUAACAUGUUGCUGGCUGGCGGUCAUACCGUUGCAGCGCUGCUUGUUCUCGUUCUUUGCGUACACUAA